GCUGACGGCAGGAAACAGAGCCCGCCCCGUGUGGCCUUACGGAGGGGCCAGGGAGGGCGGGCCUACCCCGGGGGGUGGUGGCUGGGUCACGACUGCUCCCGCCCGCCCGCCGCCUUCUCCGAGGCGGGGGUUGUCUGUGGUCAGCCCUACCGGCAGUGUGUCGGUGCGUGGUGCUGUGCUCGGCCCUCGAGAGAGGCCCGGGCUGUGGGGGAGCUCCUGCGGGACAGGGCCGGAGGUGCGGGCGGAAGCGAUUUGAUUAACAAAAUGAAGCCUGCAAAGCUGCGCUGUUGGAUUCUGGGUUGGUUUUCUAUGACAUUAUGUUGUUGGUGUACUUCAGAUAAAAUCAUUCAAAGUGAGAACCACCCUCAUACCUGGAAAAAGCUGUAUCUUGCUCAUCAUUGGCCAGUGACUGUAUGUAAGAUGAGCGCUAAUGAUUGUCAAGACCCUCCAGAGUACUGGACAAUCCAUGGACUGUGGCCUGACAAAACUGAAGAGUGUAAUAGAACGUGGCAUUUCAAUGUCACCGAGAUUAAGGAUCUUAUGUCAGACAUGAGACGCUAUUGGCCUGAUGUGCUUCAUUCAUCUCUAAAUCGCACCCAGUUUUGGAAGCAUGAGUGGGAUAAACACGGCACUUGCGCAGCCACGCUUCAGGUCCUUAAUUCUCAGAAGAAAUACUUCGGUAAAGCCUUAGAACUCUACCAGCAUGUUGAUCUUAACAGUUGUCUCCUGAAAGCUGGGAUAAAGCCAAGCAGCUCAUAUUACCAGAUGACUGCCAUAAAGGAAGCUCUUACAAGAUUUUAUGGUGUAACGCCAAAGAUCCAAUGUCUUCCUCCAGAAGAGGGUGAAAAAGCACAAACAAUUGGUCAGAUUGAAUUCUGUUUCACCAAAGAACUGCAGCUGAGAAACUGCACAGCGCUGAAGGGUGAAUCCGACCUGACGCAAGCUGACUGGAAGCUUGGAACUGAGGAGCUGUCUGUCUGCAGUGAUACUCUACCAACCUAUUAUCCUUCACAGGUCCAAGAUAACAAAUGAAGCCAUAAAAGUUUGAAAAACUUUAAACAGCAACAAAACCCAAACCCUUAAGCAUUAUACUUUGGAAAGCAGUCUUGGCUUAGCAAUAUUACAAAGCCCUGUCCAUAUCACAGGUGUGCUGUGAAGAUUUCUGCUGGAAAACACACUUUUGCCAUUAAAGGAGAAUGAUCCACAUUGUAAUAUCAGUUGCACACGCUGAAGUAUGGAAUUGUGGCUCCGAUACUGAUGGGAUCAGAAUCUGGUUUACAGCUUUACCUGGACUUUUUGGCUUGCUUGUAGUUUGAAUCAAUGUUCAAAAGAGAACUGUGACUUCUUAGUUUCACUUGCAGUUAAGUCUGCCACUUUAGCCGGUUUUGGUUUUUGCUAGUGAGUCAGGGAAAUUAAGUCAUUCUUUGUUUUGAAAGGAUGCUUGUCUCUCUGAGAUGACAAUUUCUUGAGAAGAAAAUGUGGUAAACAAAAGAGCUUCGAGACCUGUCUGGAGAUCCUUUUCCAGACAUAAUACCCACUGCCUUUCCUAAACUUGCUCUCCACAAGUGCCACGUCCUCUGAGGCAUUAAACCUUUCCUCACUCAGAGAUCACGGCAGACCAAAGAUGACAACUUUUGUGUAACUUCUUAGUGAAUGAAGCAAUGUUCACCAGGUUUUGGCACUUCUGCCUAAAUGACCCCAGCAAGACUGUAUUUUCUAGCCUUACCUAUUCUUUGAUUUUUCUGCAGUAGCUCCAUACAGUCUUGAAGAACAACCAAUCUUAAAACUUACUUGCUAGUAAAGGAAAAUGUUAGGCCCUAGAAAUACGUUGUUACUAAUUUUUUGUUGUGUUUGAACAUUUAGCAUUACCACACAAGUGUCAGUGCCUGCACUUUUAUUUAAAAAUGAGAUUGUCAGAUAAUCACUUUAUUCCAAAAAACAGGUUUUUAUAGGUGAAACAGUAAAUACUACAGGAUUUUCAGUGAAAAGUACUAAUGUUAGCAAUAGUGCAUGUCUAUCCCAUAAUAAUUAAUAACAUGCCACAAAGUUGGAUGUUUCCAAAGGGGACCAAAUUUGGAUGACAUCCUCUACACAGUGCUGUGUUGAUACAUCUCAAAUUGUCUUUCUUUGAAAGACAAUUGUGGUUCAAGGAACCAUCUGUUAGAAGAAUAUUAGUGUGAAAACAUGAAAUGUGGUAUUAGGAACACAUUUGAUAUGUCUGUUGGGGUUUAGAAACCAUUCACACUUACUCUUGUUUUUGACUGUCCCUGUUUCUCUACCACCUUUCAUUUAAGGUUCUGUUACAUUGCUUUUCCAGAAUGCUGUCAGUUUUUUAGUCCUUUCUUCAGAAACUUGGAUAUUUAUUUAUUUUAACAGCUAAGAAAUUAGUAUGAUCUUUCAGUAGAGCAAGGGCUUCUCUUUCAAAAUUUGUAUUCCUUUCUGAGAGGAGGAAUAUACUAAGGUAUGCUAAUGCUAUAUUAGUAUACUAAUGGUAAUCAGAUCUAGUGUUUUUAUGGUAGCCAUGGCAUGUUCAGUUCAUGUUGAACAUGACCAGAAGAAUCACAAUUCUUCAUUCUCCCAUUUCUGCCAUUUUCUAAGCAAGAAAAAGUAGGGAGACUGAAAUAAAAUGCUUGAAAAGACUAGAAUGUACUUGGUUUUGUGGAAUCUUUUUUGAGAUCACAAAUAUUUUUUUUCCUUCUAAUUACACAAAUUGUCUUAGCCUAAAGAAAACAAACACUUGUUGGGGAAAAAUGCAUUUCCCUGCAAAGGAGCAGCUCAAGCCUCAUGUACUUUUUUUAAACUCUCUAACUCUUUCAAAUAGUACUUAGAUGGUGCAUAGGUUUUAAGUGGACUACAUAGAAUGCAAGCAACUUAGAAUGAACAUUAAUUAACAAUUUCCAUCAUAAGUUUGUAUUUUUUUUUAAAGAAGCAAGACUCACCUUUUCCUCAAAAUUGUGCUAUUUUUUUAACGGUUUGGACUUUUUUUGUUGUUUGGUGAAGUCCCUUGUUCUCCUUUUCCUUUCAAAGUUCUCCAAGUGCAGUGCCAUGUCCUUGCCCGUUAAGCUAGUCAGCAGUGAGGGAAGUGGAAACGGAGGUUGGUAACUACCAGCAGACCAUCUCAUGAAGAACUUGCUCAGUGCAUUUCAGUCACCACUUUGGUUAUGAACGCAAUCCUUAAUUAGAACAACAGGCUUCUCAAAUCUCAUCAUAAAUAUUGCUACCUUGGAUGAGCAGGUGCAGUAUAAAAAAUUCCAUGAAAUCUACAGCAACGUGCUGUACUGUCAAAUGAGUGAUUGUUGGGUUUGCCUGUUUUUCUGCAAUUGUUUUAAUUCCUUGGUCCUCUUCACAGUUAGAAGAAAAGUUCAAACUUGGAAGCAAUGGUAGCAUUGGUUCUUGCACAGACAUAUGCUUAAUGGAAGCUCAAAUCAAUAGUCUGAUUAAUUUUUUUUAAUUGCAGUAUAAAUUAUAUUUUCUUUCAUAAAGCCAAAUAAUGCUUAGGGAGACAAAAUACACAGUAUGAGUUCUCUGCAGUUCAAGUGUAAUGCAUUAACUUAAAGCAAACAACUGCAACUACGUAGCUUACAAGGCAGUGACACAGACACUAAUGACCGUCACAGCGUGAGGCUCAAAGGUAAAGGUGACUCUUGCCAAGUAGAGUCAGUAGGUACAGACAAGUCAGAAAUGACCAACCUCUGCAGUAGAGUAGGUCGUGUGGCUUCCAUGUGUUUUUCAGCCUCAUCUUCAAAUGCAAGAAAUGUGAGAGAGAUAAGUUUAAAAACUUUGAGGCGAAACUAGCAUAAUCUCAGAGAGAGAGGAAGGGAGGGAGGCAGCAAAGUCAGCAGCAUGUAAAACAACAACCUGCAACUGCGUAAAAAAUGACUGAUGAAUGCUAAGUCAAGCUUGGCUAAAAAUAACCUCACAGACUCUGAAGUCCUGUUUAAAGGGACGUACCUGAGGUAUGGCAUUUGCCUUAACCAAAACACACCCUCAUUCUUUUUAUUGUAACAGCAUUAUUACACAUUAAAUAUUUUAAUUUGCUAUGAUUAAUUUAGUAUAGUAGCAAUAAAACAUUAUGUAUGAC